AUGUUCUUGGCAUUGGUGUGUCUCUUCCAUGUCGCAUCAAUCCAAGCUUCUGAUAAUAUUCUCUCUGAUUAUGUCUUCUCAAAGGAUUGUGAUCCGAAGGAAUCAGUUCUUUCUCUUGGAAUGUGCACCCGUUAUAUCAAUCAACUGAGACUGGCGAUAGAUGAAACACCAAGUGUCAAUACUUCUAUCGAUAAAAUGAAUAGUGUGUUGAACACAUGUCAUAGUGUGGUGAAAUGUUAUAAUGGAAGCGAGUGUGCUGACGUUAAGAAAAAUGCAGUCACUUUUCAGGAGAAAUGUUUGUUUUUGGAGUUCGAAUACUUCGGAGUAGCGGAUUGCAUGUCAGAUUUUUAUAAAGAAAAAGAUAUGGAAGUAAGAAAAGAUGCGUACACAUCUGGAAAGUCAUGUUUUAUGAGUUUUUUAAAGAACAACUGUUCUGCAAAAACCAACGAAUAUAUUGAUUCCAACUACAAUAAUUUUGUGAGAAUUAUGACAGUUGACAGUACUCCGACCACGUGCGGAUCACUGCAUGAUGAGAUGAAUGGGAAACAAUGUUCUCCACUGAUUACGAAAUACAUUGAACAAGUUGAGAAGUACAAGUCAGCAAAGGCACUAAAUCAAAGUGUUAAAAUUAAUCUUACACCGAUAUGCCUGGAAGCAAAGAAAUGCUGGGAUGAGCAGUGCAUGUACCGAGAAGACACAACGAACACAAUGGAGAGACUUUGUGAAGCGGCAGCAAAUAUGAGCAAGCCUACCACGUUCGAUGAAUGUUUUGUUUUUAUUGUGACGAGCACCCCUGCAGCAGAAUAUGAAUGUACACAACAAUCCAAACCAAAGCGAAGGAUCAACCCUGGACCUGAUUUGAUAUUAUCUCCUUAUGUCCUUUUACCACACUUCUUGAAUGACAAAGAAUGUGUUAAGACAAUGAUGGAAGGAGAAUGUGAUCAAAGUGCUUUGAAAAGUUUUGAGGAAGACUGGAAGAGAACUUGGAAUGAGAAGGAUGCUAUUAGAGACAAAUUGGACAUCAUUGUGAACACUCCGUAG